AAUGCAUAAAGACUGAUGAAAUGUUCUCGACAGGACAGGGACGUAUGAAUCAAUUGGGAGGCGUUUUCAUCAACGGCCGACCUCUUCCGAAUCACAUACGGCUGAAAAUCGUCGAAAUGGCAGCGGCUGGUGUUCGUCCCUGCGUGAUCUCGCGGCAGCUUCGCGUUUCUCACGGAUGCGUUUCGAAAAUUUUGAAUCGGUAUCAGGAGACCGGUUCCAUAAGACCGGGAGUGAUUGGUGGUAGCAAGCCGAGGGUAGCAACCCCUGAGAUCGAGGCGAGGAUAGAGGAGAUGAAGAGGGACAAUCCCGGAAUUUUCUCGUGGGAAAUAAGGGAAAAACUGGUGAAGGAAGGUUUCACGGAUCCUCCAAGUGUUAGCUCCAUCAGCAGAUUACUUCGCGGUGGACGACCUGGUGACGAUGGAAAAAAAGAUUACACCAUCGAUGGAAUAUUAGGCGGGGGUGAGUACAAAAUGACAAUUUUACGUAUUAAUAUCGAACCACGAUUAUUCGACAAUUAAUAUCUUCAUCAAUACAACGAGGAAA